UUGAUACUGGUUCAUGUUUUUGUUUUGGGAAGAUUCAAAUUGUCCUUGUCAGGUGGGUUGUUCCCAUUUUGUGAUUCAAGUACGGGGUCUUUGGUGAUAUCAUUGUUAUUUGUUCUUACCAAUUCCUCUUUCUUAACUUCUCCAUCCAUGAUUCUUGGUCAAUUUUCUGUGUGUGCCAUUGGAGUCCUUAGAGGCGUAAUCUUUUGGUGUCGUUGAUGGGGUUGUAUGGUUAUUGGGUGGAUUCAAAUCAAAGAUGCUAAAAUGAGAAGACAAGUCAUCUUUUUGCUUGAUGUUUGAGAUUUGUAACAGAAGCUGUUCAUUUCUGCUUUUCAAAGUGGUUUUUCCUGCACUUUUUAUACUGCUAUCCACAAUUUGCAAUAGAAUGUGUCUUGUUUAUCCAGUUUUUGCUGUCUGUAAAUUUCCUGCAACUCAUGUACUGACACAGACGCACAUCUUUGGAAAUUUGAUGCGAAAGUAUACAUUUAAAUGCAGAUAAAUACAUCUGACGGCCAUAUUUUGCGAUGGAGAAGAGGAAAUGGUUGUGGAAGAGGAAGUCUUCUGAGAGGAGUUCUGGUGAAACUGACAGUUCGGGAUCAAUAACUUCACAUUCUGAGAGAUUUUCUGAUGAUCAGGCAUCUAAUACUGACAGUGCUCAAUCACCUGAAGUGACAUCAAAAACUGUAACUAGGGAUGAAGAUGUCAAUGAUAGCAUUAAGAGUUUGACAGAGAAGUUAUCAGCCGCUCAUGUCAAUGUUAGUGCAAAAGAUGACUUAGUAAAGCAGCAUGCGAAAGUUGCUGAAGAAGCUGUUGCAGGCUGGGAAAAGGCUGAAAAUGAAGUAAUGGCUCUCAAGAAACAAAUUGAAGUUGCAAAUCAGCAGAAAUCUGCUUUGGAAGAUCGGGUGAGCCACCUUGAUGGGGCCCUUAAAGAUUGUGUUAGGCAGCUGAGACAAGCAAGAGAAGAGCAGGAAGAAAAGCUUCAUGAAGCUGUGGUGCAGAAAAGUCUCGAGUGGGAAUCCAUUAAAUCUGAAUUUGAAAACCAGUUUAUCGAACUCAAGACGAAAGAAGCUGCUGCCAAGUCUGAAUCUCAUGCUCUGAUUGUUGACGAACUCUGCCAGAAGCUUGAAUAUUUGGAGCAAGAGAAUGCUACCCUGAAACUCGAUCUCCUUUCCCAGUCAGAAGAGUUGGAGGCUAGAACAGUUGAAAGGGACUUGAGUACCCAAGCAGCUGAAACAGCCAGCAAACAAUAUCUGGAGAGCAUAAAGAAGGUGGCCAGACUUGAAGCUGAGUGCCGGAGGCUAAAAGCCAUGGCUUGUAAAUCAUCCUCUGUUAAUGAUCGCAGGACUUCUGCUGCAUCCUCAGUUUAUGUUGAGUCUUUCACUGACAGUCAAUCAGACAAUGGGGAGAAACUUAAUGUUGUGGUGCUGGAUGCUCGCAAAGUUAGUUGCUCAGGGCCAUACAAGUCUGAACAAAUUUGCUCAGACUCAUGGGCAUCUGCACUAAUUUCAGAGCUUGAUCAAUUCAAGAAUGAAAAAUCUAUUAAUCGAAAUCUCCCAGCCUCACCCAUCGAAAUUGAUCUCAUGGAUGAUUUUCUUGAAAUGGAACGACUUGCUGCUUUGCCUGAGAAUGAAGUUGGAAUUGAUAAUUCUAGAGCAGAAGAUUCUGCCAAACAAUCAAUUGAUGCUGAAAGCUCGUUGAGAGCUGAGCGGGAAUUCAUUAUAAAACGAAGCGCUGAAUUGGAAGAGAAGUUACAGAAGAUGGAAGAAGAAAAGUUUGUAUUGGAAGAGAAAUUAAGGAAGAUAGAAGGGGAAACGUUUGUAUUGGAAGAGAAGUUAGAAGAGAUUAAAGCAGAGAGGGAUGAAUUGGAGAUGGCUCUAACAGAAAGUCAGGACAAGAAUGAAGCAUCACAACUUCAGCUGAGGGAGGCCCAACAGAAUUUGGUGGAGUUGCAAGAAGAGCUAUCAAUGGCAAAUGAAUCAAAGCAGCAAAUUGAAUAUCGACUUGUUAGCAUGGAAGUGGAGGCUCGGACCAUGUUUGCAAAAGUUAACUCAUUAGAAGGAGAGAUUGAAAAGGAGAGGGUUUUGUCCACGGAAAUUGCAGUCAAGUAUCAGGAACUCGAGGAAAAUCUCUCAAGAAAGAAACAGGAAGAAGAACUCCAGCAAACUGUAAGCUCAAGUGUUGAACAACAAAUAAAGCAGGACCUAGAUGUCGCUGCCAAGAAACAUGCUGAAUGCCAGAAAACAAUAGCUUCUCUAGGGAAGCAGCUGAAAUCUCUAGCAACUCUAGAGGACUUCUUUAUAGGCACUGCAAGCAUACCGGAGUUCUCUGCUGGAGGAUCAGCAAUUCCAAAGGUAAUGGAGAACCUUGGAAGUGACACUCCAAUGAAACGUUUUCACCUAAAAGAGAUUCCAGUUCUAUGAGAAUUGCCAGUGAGUUCCGGUCCUUCAGUGAAUAGAAAGGAAGAGAACUCACCCCCAUCUGUAUCUUCUUCAGCUUCAUCUGCUGUGUCAUUGAAUCACGUCAGUUCCGAGAAGAAUCGAAAUGGUUUUGCACAAUUUGAGCAAGGGUUUAGUAGUUGAAGUGAAAAAAAAGAAGAAGAAGCUGCAUUGAUGAUUAGUUGCUUGUAAAAUGGGGAAUUGGUUUAAUGUUGAUUAAAUGUUAUUUAGGCUAUAAUUG